AGUUCGUAGUUUUCGUGUUCUUCUCAGCUCAUCUCGUUAUUUCCAACCGAUAGUUUGCAUUUUAUUCGCUCCGCCAUUUUAUAGUCAACUCGUCUAGUCGAUAUCAUGCAAAUGAAUUAUGCCUGUUUGUUCUUCGACUCUAAAUAAAACAAACAACUCGCUAUGCUUGUGGUGUUUGCGCGUUGCGGGACUGUAUCGCUAUGCGGAGCUUACAUACCCGUGCUCGACUGCACCUGAGCCUGAAGCGGGGGAGUGAGGAAUGAGGUACAGAGACUCAGUAGCACUGGCGUGACGCCAACGUGCUCUUCGUGUGUACCUAAAUGGCCGAUCACCUCAUGAUGGCUCAACGCUACGGUUCAUACAGAGCAACAAGCUUGCGGCACGCGGCGGAGUGGUAGACUUGCUCUUCAACCAGGCGCCGUCUUCUGACCACAAAUUCAACCGUCAGGAUCUGCGUAGUCUCGACCCGCCUUCUGGGACUGUUCUGAGCAGCUCAGAAUGGCAGCGGGAGGUGAAACUGCACACCGCCGGUUCAUAUCAAUACCGGUUUACCUACCGAAAGAACGUAAUAUGCAAGUCCAAUCUCACCGAACAGACCGGCUACAUUGUUGUGGAGCCCCAGCUGCAGUUGGCCGACGGAAGCACCCUCGAUCUGGAUGGUAUCGCAUUGCAGACGGUCAUAGCCCCGUGUCUUGGCAAGCUGUCCGAGUGGCGGGAUCGCUUACGCGUGGCCAAGGAGUCUGGUUACAACAUGAUUCACUACACUCCAAUCCAGGAGCUCGGCUGCAGCGGAUCCACGUACAGCAUAGCCGAGCAGCUGCACUUGCUGAAUGAGUCCCGUGACGAGCCGCUGGGAGCUGGCGAGCGGCCGGCACGCCUGAUUACCCAGAGCAGUGUCGGUCGGCUCUCGGCGGAGAUGUCCAUCGACGUUGGCUUCAAGGAAGUGCACACGCUCAUCAAGGAGCUGCACACGGAUUGGGGUAUGUUUAGCCUGGUUGACGUUGUCUGGAACCACACGGCGUCUGAUGCCCCGUGGCUGCGCACUCAUCCUGAAGCAGGGUACAAUCUGAAGAACUCGCCUCACCUGAAACCGGCCUUUGAACUCAAUCGU